GUCCAGUUGUUUACGUUUUGGAUCUUGCAGAUCGACUGAUCUCAAAGGCAUGUCCAUUUGCUGCAGCUGGAAUCAUGGUGGGCUCUAUAUACUGGACAGCUGUUACAUAUGGAGCUGUGACGGUGAUGCAGGUUGUGGGUCACAAAGAAGGUCUUGAUGUCAUGGAGAGAGCUGAUCCUUUAUUUCUUUUGAUUGGACUUCCCACUAUCCCAGUCAUGCUAAUAUUGGGCAAGAUGAUUCGUUGGGAGGACUAUGUGCUCAGACUGUGGCGCAAAUACUCUAAUAAGCUACAAAUUUUGAACAGCAUAUUUCCAGGCAUUGGAUGUCCUGUUCCUCGUAUUCCAGCAGAGGCCAACCCUUUGGCAGAUCAUGUCUCUGCUACACGUAUUCUGUGUGGAGCUCUAGUUUUCCCUACUAUUGCCACGAUAGUUGGCAAACUCAUGUUCAGCAGUGUUAACUCAAAUUUACAAAGGACAAUCUUGGGUGGAAUUGCUUUUGUUGCUAUAAAAGGAGCUUUUAAAGUUUACUUCAAACAGCAGCAAUAUUUGCGCCAAGCUCACCGCAAAAUUUUAAAUUAUCCUGAGCAAGAAGGAGCAUAAGGCUGUGAUCUCCAGAUGUCAUACAGUCUCACCUAACAGGUUUCCAUGUUGUAUUGGUUCCAUCAUUAUUGCACAGUAGUGGAGAAUUGUGAUAAGUUGCUGCUCCUAUUAUUUUUUUUUCUAUAAAUAUAAUAAAGCACUGUCUUGUGGCAGGGUAAAUCCUUUCAGCAACCACUGAACGUAAGAAUGUGACUUGGCUUCCAUGAUUUUUGGGUAUUUCUGUUGGGCAACAGGCUUGUGAAUUAUUUUCUUUGAGCCAAUAUGCUGAAUGG